UGAGCAGUCAAAGAGUUAACAGUUACAGGUGCCUGAAUGUGACGUAGAGACAUCACCCUGUCCGCCUGUCUCAGUCUCGCCGUUGGUGCCCAGGUAUCGGCUGUUCCUGAGGUGUGGGAACUGAGCUCAGCGGUGAUGGGCGUCUCCUUGGCUGCCGGCUCCGCCCUGCUGGGUGCCCUCCUCCUCCUGACCCCCGUCCCCCGGCUCGUCCGCUCGUAUCCCUCCUUCGCCCGCCCGGGAAUCCUCUUCAACCACUCGGCCGUCGACCCGGUGACCGGCCACGUGUACCUGGGAGCGGUGAACCGCCUCUACCAGUUGAGCGGCCGGCUCGAGCUGCUCUCCGAGGGCCGGACGGGCCCCGUGGAGGACAGCCGGGACUGCGUGCCCCCCAUCGGCCCGACAAACUGCCCCCAGGCCCGGCCGGCCGACGUCCACAACAAGCUGCUGCUGGUCGACCGGGGGGGCGGCGCGCUGCUGGCCUGCGGCAGCGCCCACCAGGGGGUGUGCGAGAAGCGGGGGCUGGGGGCGGUGGGGGAGGUGCUGGACCGGGAGGCCCAGCCCGGAGAGACCCAGUACGUGGCCGCCGACGACCCUGGCACCCCCACGGUGGGGGUGGUGGGUUGGGCGGGUGGGCGGAGGGCCCUGUUCGUGGGGCGCGGCUACACCCACCGGGCUACCGAUGCCCCCAUCGCCACCCGGAGCCUGGACGGGCCCCACCCUUUCUCCAACGAGGAGAUGGGCCGCUUGGCUGUGGGAGCCUUCGCCGAUUAUGACCACCGCUUCUCCGCGGCCCUCGCCCGGGGCGGGUAUGUCUACUUCCUCUUCUCCCGGCGGGGGUCCAGGGCCCGGAGGGGAGGUGGGGGUUACCAGCCCUACCUGGGCCGCAUCUGCGCCAACGACACCCACUACUACUCCUACGUGGAGGCGCCACUGAGCUGCCGGGGGGAGGGGUUCCCCGGCCGGGGUUCCGAGCUGGCCCUGGCCGGGGUCCUGGGCGCCGCCGGGGCGGCCGGCGGGAGCGCCCUCUUCGCCCUCUUCGCCGAGGGGGACACCCCCCACCACCCACUCCAGGCACGGCCCACGGACCGGGCCGCCCUCUGCCUCUACCCGCUGGGCAUCGUGGACCGGUACAUCGAGGGGGCCCGGCAGGCCUGCUACUCUUCCCCCAACACCCAGGAGGCCCGCGUGGAGUACAACGUCAAGUCCAGCUGCACCCGGCUGCGCAAGGAAUCUCUCAGGAAGUACCCCUGCGGAGACGAACACACCCCCAGCCCCAUCGCCAGCCUGGUCCCCAUUCCGGCCGUCGCCGUGGUAACGGCCCCCAUCCGACUGACAGCCGUGGCGGUCGCCACGGAGAUGAACAACACCAUCGUGUUUCUGGGUGAUCGGCUGGGGAGGCUUCACAAGGUUUUCCUGAAGUCUCUCACCGAGGCCCAGGAGUUCAGCGUCCUGACCGUCCAGCGAGGCUCUCCGAUCAGCAAGGACCUGUUCCUGGACCCGUCCGGUAACCACCUCUACGUCCUGACAUCAUCGCAGGUGACCAGGAUCCCGGUGGCUGAGUGCUGGAGAUACUUGAACUGUACCAGCUGCCUCAAAGCCCAGGACCCUUACUGUGGAUGGUGUGUGCUGGACGGUAGAUGUUCCAGGAAACUGGAGUGCGCCCGUCAUCAGGAAGCCAAUCACUGGCUGUGGUUCUACGACGCGAAUGGACAGUGCCUCUCCGUGCAGAGCAAGAUCCCAGCCAACCUGAGUCGGGAGGAGCAGGCGGAGGUGACGCUGACCCUUGACCGGGUUCCGAAUCUCAAGCCCGGGGAAGGAUUGAAAUGCUCGUUCGGCGAAGAGCUCACCCAGGCCGUCCUUGUGGGCAAGCAGCUGACCUGCCUGUCGCCCAGCCCUGAGAGACUGCCCGGCAACGACCCUGGCAAAGGUGAUGUGACGAUGGAGUUGGCCGUUCUCUUCGCUGAUGUCACUGUCGUCUCCACAGAAUUUGUUUUCUACGACUGCAGCGCGAUGACCAGGCUGCACCCUCUCUCCCCGUGUCAGGCGUGCGUUACCAGCGCCUGGAACUGUAAAUGGUGUGUGCACCAGCAUCGCUGCCUGUACAAUGCGGCGUGUGGAUCAGAGGUCAUCGUCUUCAGCCGGAACGACCAUGAGGCUGCGAUGAGCGGGCCUGACCAUUGCCCCUACGUAGAGUGGAAAGAGGGGUCAACGCUGAUUCCUGUGGGCCAGGAGAGAACUCUGAAGUUGAGUGGGUGGAACCUGGACCUAUUGGAAAGCGAGGACCUAGAAUAUCAGUGCGUACUCGAUAUGGAGAACUAUCUGGUGAAAUUGAAAGCAGAUGUACAGAGAGAUACACGGCAUCCUGGAAUGUACAAUAUAACCUGUCAGGCUGCAAAGUUUCAUUAUUCAGCUGCGAGAAUGGUAUAUGAAGUCAGUGUUUAUGUCCAGACAGGAGGCUCAUCCCGAAUUGACAGUAGAACAGACUUGACAGUCACCCUCUACGACUGUGCCAUCGGCCAAUCGGACUGCAGCCGCUGCCAGGUGACUGAUGUCAGGCUGGGCUGUGUGUGGUGCGGAGGGGACGUGCCCGCCUGCGUGUACCAGGAGUCCUGCCCGGCGCAGGUGGUACAGAGCUGCCCCCUCCCCAGGAUCGAGCAGGUCUGGCCGCUCACAGCUCCGCCCGAGGGCGGGGUCUCACUCACCAUCACCGGGACAGACCUGGGACAGAGAGUCACCGAUAUCGAGCACGGGGUAGAGGCAGCCGACCUGCCUUGCAUCGUCGAUCCCACCAAAUAUCGAGCCUCCGCCAGGGUUGUGUGCACAGUGUCUGCGAGCGACAGGGAGUUAUCGGGACCAGUGAAGGUCACAGUGAAAGGCAGAGCUCCAGUCAUCUCGAGCCACACAUUCACAUACCAGGAACCCGAGCCCAACUCCCUCUCUCCGACCAGAGGGCCACUUGCUGGUGGGACCACACUGACUCUCCGAGGAUCCAAGUUACUGACGGGCAGUCAGAGUGAUAUCAGUGUGUUUGUGGGAGACCUCCCCUGUUACAUAGUGGGGAAUGUGGAGUUUGACCAGUUGCACUGUCGGACCAGCCCCUCUAACCAGACCGUGGAGCUGCAAGUGUCGGUGAAGUACGGACAGGCGUGGAAGGUUCUGGAAAACGUGGUGUACGAGUACACCAGCAACCCACAGUUAACAGGAGCCAAGCCAACCAGCAGCUACAUUGGGGGGGGACGGGCGAUCCACGUCCACGGCCAGGAUCUGACCAUCGUCCAGCUUCCCCGACUGCAGGUCUGGCUGGAUCCCAGCGUCCGAGAGAGGAGGGAGGAGGGGAGGACAUCCCAGCCCAUCUCCGAGACCACCUCGCAGGGCAGACAGCUUGCUGACCUUCUCAUUCUCCUUGCCCCGUGUCCAGAAUGGCGGGCGGGGGUCGCAGGUCACUUGACCCUGUCGAACGAGGACCUGACCUCUGUCGUCGAGGGCCUGUGGAAACGCUUGAACACGCUGCAGCACUACCAGGUCCCAGAUGGAGCGACAGUGGCCCUUGUCCCCCGGACUAACACCGUUCUGGUGAAGGAGACUCACCGAGAUUACCUGCUGGGAGAGAAGACCCCAAUGCUGGAUGAUGUUGAGGAGGGGGCUGUGAAAUAUUGGCACUUGGUCAAACCCCUGGAAGAGUCCGAGGUCCUCAGGCAGAGACGCAGCAGCUUCCGAGAGCGAGAGCGAGCGAAAGUCAUUCCCGAAAUCUACCUGACCAGGCUCCUGUCCAUGAAGGCGAUACACCAGAAGUUUGUGGAUGAUGUGUUCCAGAUCAUUCUGAGCGCCAGUAACCCUGUCCCCUUGGCUGUCAAGUACUUCUUUGACUACCUGGAUGACCAGGCAGCGAGAUAUGGCAUUGUGGACCCGGAGAUCAUCCACAUCUGGAAGACAAACAGUUUGCCUCUGCGGUUCUGGCUGAAUAUCCUGAAGAAUCCCCACUUCAUUUUUGACAUUCAGCUUUCGGACAAUGUCGAUGCUGCUCUCUCCGUCAUCGCCCAGACCUUCAUGGAUUCCUGUACCACCACCGAGCACAAAGUGGGCCGGGAUUCCCCAAUUAAUAAGCUUCUGUAUGCGAAGGAGAUCCCACGAUACAGACAGAUGGUGGAAGAGUACUAUUCAGAUGUCCGGCAGAUGACCCCAGUGAGUUACCAGGAAAUGAACUGCUCAUUGACGGAACUGUCUGCUAACUGUGGGCCCGCGCUGAACAGCAUAGUAGCACUCCAUGACCUCUACAAAUAUAUUAGCAAAUACUAUGACCAGAUUAUGAUCACCUUGGAAGCUGAUCCAGCAGCUCAAAAGAUGCAGCUCUCUUACCGGCUCCAACAGGUAGCGGCACUAGUGGAAAAUAAGGUGACAGAUUUAUAACCAAGGGGAGGCGAUGGAGGAGAGCGCUCGGGAGAGACAGAGGAAGGGACCAUGGACUCUCCAGGACCAGCGACUCCCAGUCUCCCGUCUCCUCCAGCCACCUAACAUUCCGGUACCACUCCGGAGAAAACCAGAGACCGAGGGGGAAGAUUUUUCAUGUGGCUGGAGAGGCCGAUGGGUUGGUCCCAGGGGCUGUAGAGUUCUACAGCUCCGGAAGAGACCCUUCAGCCCAUCGCUUGACUUGCAAACUCUGGACGUUUCCACCACUGGAAGGAAGUGGGGGAGAGAUUCCCACCUUGGAACCCCCGGAUUAUUUAUAACACUAACUUUUGCGUUAUUUUGUACAGAGAUCCCCAGGAAAUGACGAUCUGUGCUCCCCCCGGAAGGAGCUGGGCUCAGGGCUCCUUCCGCUGGACUGUCAGGCGGCUGUGGGACUGGGAGUCAUGGGGCAGCCUUGAUCCAGUGCUCAAUCCCAUAGCCGGCCUGGGACACAGAUCAGGGACCAGACUCCGAUGGGGUGGAUAAAGAGAUCGUGGGGCUGAGGCAAUCACUGGAUAGAAACCAGGAUAGCUCCAGAAUGAUUGCUCUCUCUCUCUGUCUCUGUCUCUCUGCCUCUCUCUGUCUCUGUGUCUCUCUCUCUCUCUCUCUGUCUCUCCCUUUCUCUGUCUCUCUCUCUCUCCCUCUCUGUCUCUCUCUCUCUAU